UUGCUGGACCAUCAAGUGGCAUUUGGAAGCAGGGAGCUGAGCGAGACGCACUAUCAAAUCCCAAGUAGAGAAAUACAGUCUUUCUAAGUUGUUUAUUAUUUAUUUCUAAACGACUUUAAAUUCAAGAGAGCUCGCUACAAUAUUUUGACAUGAGUGAAUAGUUUUACUACUUUUAAGUUUGAAGAGUUGAGUGGAAACAAGGGACGACUACUAGGACUUGUGUUUGCCUCCCAGCGGUGCUCAGAGAUGUUUGAAAAACAGCCUUAUGAUAGUCCGCCCGUGUACACCCCACCAUCCAACAAUGGCUACGGAGCACCAGGUAGCUUCAAUGCUCCACUCAGUGAUUACAACGCUUACCCACCUCCCCCAGGAUCUUACUACAUUGAGGAAAAACCACAGCACUUCCACAAAUGGUUGUCGCCUCCGGGGAUCGUCAAGGCCAUGAUGGCCACUGUCAUCAUUCUGUGUGUGGCCAUAUUUGCCUGCGUGGCCUCCACUCUCAUGUGGGACUUGCAGUAUGCGAAUGGAUUGGGCUAUGGUUAUGGAUCUGGCUACAGUGGCGGGUAUGGCGUAGGCAGCUAUGGCUCAGGAUACGGCGGCUAUGGCGGUUACGGAAACUACCAGGGCUCCUACGUAUCUCCCUACUCGGCCAAAACAACCAUGAUUGCCAUGGUCGCUAUUAACUUCAUUGCUGCACUGGCUUUCUUCAUCGCCAGUUUCUCAAAGACCCCCGCCAUACGCAGCAGGAAGUACUUUCUGAUCGUCCUGAUUGCCAGUAUCAUCAUGGCUGUCCUACAGGGCAUCAUAAAUAUUGUAUAUGUAGUGGGAGUAAAUCCAAUGGCCCAGGGAACGUCCAAUGUCAUGUACAACCCCAUGCUCAUGAUGUGCCAGAGCCUCUAUCAGACAGGCUAUUCCCAGAUGGGAGGGGUUGGAGGCUUUCCCAUUUACAACCAGUACCUUUACCAUUACUGUUUUGUGGACCCUCAAGAGGGAGUCGCCAUGGUGUGUGGAUUCCUGAUUGUCAUCGCCUUAGCUGUCGCUGCUUUCUACGCACACAAAACAAGAGGCAAGAUCUGGCGUUACGGCAAACCCAACAUCUUCUGGGAUCAGCCUCUGGUUGGCGGGAAGGCAUCAGAGGGCAGAGAUGUGGAGGAGUGGGUGAACAAUGUGGAGGAAAGCCGUAGUGUUCAGGACGCACCAACCCUACUGGUGUCCGAGAAAGGAGGGGGCCUGCUCAACGCCUCGGCAAACAGUGUCAUCUCUUUUCCCCCGGCCCAGGUGGACGGCCGCUCUAUGGAUGGGGACAACUACGACAACAAUGAGUAUUCUGAUCGAACCACCUCUCGACCGUCAGACGUUUUCUCCCACGGUGGGAGGACCAGCUCCAGUCCAUCAGAUGAGACUAGUGCGCUUCGUAAACCCUCCGCCAACAGGGGCAAACGACGAAGACGAAACCCCGACGUGGACGAAUCUCAGUACGAGACGGAGUACACCACAGGAGGCGAGACGGGCAACGAACUCGAUAUGGAAGAGUGGGAGAGCAUGUACCCCGAGAUCACGUCUGAUCAACAACGUCAUGACUAUAAAUCUGAGUUUGAUGCUGACCUAAAGGAGUACAAGCGAAUGUGUGCAGACAUGGACGACGUCAAUGAUCAGAUUAACAAACUCAGCAGGCAGUUGGACACACUGGAUGAAUCCUCCGUUAAAUACCAGGGUGUAGCUGAUGAAUAUAAUCGACUGAAAGACUUCAAGCGGACGGCAGAAUACCAGUCGAAGAAGGGAGAGUGUCGCAGGCUGAGGCACAAACUGUUCCAUAUCAAGCGCAUGGUGAAGAACUAUGACAAAAGCAACUCUUAGCCAUUUUAACAACACUCUGCAAACACUCCAAAAAGCUUCACUCAUGCUCUGUUAUGCUAGGACUGCAGUUAUUGGCUUACCGGGACAAACACUGCCAAUGUACUCUAGACACAGAAGUACACACUUGCACACAGGGAACAUAUUGGAUGUUAGAAUGAUGCAAUAAUGAUCUAGAAUUCUAUUUUUUUCCCUUGACUUUUACAGUAUGUGAGGCAGUACACAACAGCAUUUUGUAGGUGUCACAAGAUGUUAUUGAGGCAAUAAUGUUUCCACUUUGUACAUUUUAUCAUAUUAAAAUCAAUACCUGAUUCAGUGAGACCUAAAAGAAUACAUUUUGACUACGCGCACUGUAAAUAAUUUCAGCAUGGUCAGUUUGUUCUCUGUGAGUAUUUCAGUGAUUUGUGUAUUUAAGCACUGCAGGAGUCAAAGGAACAUCUCAAACGGAAGUACUGUGUGUGCUGUUUUUGUUUAUUGACAACACCACUGCAGUCAUUUGUUCUCAAAUAGUCAUUUACAAUGUUCUUGUCUAUUCUAAUUAGUUAAUAGAACAACGUAUGUCUAAUAACCUAUGCAAAUAUUUGUAUGAAAUAAUUCAAGGCCAAUGAAAACAAUAAUGUAUCGAUCAAAUUACUGCAAGAUGUUACAAUCAACUGUACAUUUUUAAAUUGUUUGAGACAAGUGCGAUCUGUUGUAAACGUGUAUGUUUUUUUUCCCCCAAAAAAUGUUAUAUGAUACGUUUGUGAGCCAUUUAUUUUUUUAUGAAUUUUUUUAAGCUAUUGCAAACCUUUGUAACUGAUGGUCUAAAAAGAAUUGAGUUCAUAAAAAUAAACAUUUCUAAUUCUCUAAAAAGGAUUCAACCAGACGGUUCAUUAAAACAAGAUUGUCACUUCCCUCUAGUGGUCACUCACUGUAUUCUCGCGGUUGUUAUUUCAAUUUCAGUCAACAAUCUGCAUAUUAGUUUCAAUGAAAGGUUUUAUUGCCCAGCUAAAAUGCUUUUGAUUAGAAACUUGAACAACUGGUACUAUAACUUUGAUUUUUAUUCUUCUUUUAAUUUAGUUGUAUACUUCUAAAUAUACCAGUUAAAGUGCGUAUGACAGGAGAAAAAGUCUUAAAUAGGAUUAUUAUGUGAAUUAGAAUCCUAUUUUGAGACGAUUCGACUGCAUACAACAAUUUAGCAAAAUGCAGAUGACGAGAAAUUAGUCUUUUAAGCCACGCCAUUAUAGGGCUCUAGCGUCCCCAACAGGUGGAUGAUGUCAGCGGAGUCACGAUUUCAUCUGAUUUGGUGUGCAGCCCAUUCAGGGGGAAUUAUUCACAACGAGAAAAACACGACGAAGAGAGCCGCAAAAUGUCAUUGUUUCAGUCUCUCUACUCCAAUAUUUUUACAGGAGAUUCUUUAUAUCCAAGUAUUUUUCCCCAAAACUAAAUAAAUGGCAUGGUCAUGACAAAUAACAGUCUUGUGCUAAAUGGAAUAUGAAAUAAUAAUGCAUUCAUUUAAGAUGAAAAUGGCAAAAUUACUCUAUAAUGGUCAAAACUGUCGCAUCUCCCGAACAAUAUUUUAUGCCGCCUAAAUCUGGCUUAUGUCAUUUCCAAUCCCUGGGUUCGGAGAAUAAAAAAACCAAGAGGCGUGACAGCUAGCCGACAUGCUAACCCGAAACGAGUGAUGUUUCAAAGUCUUCGAAGUGGAAAAUCACACAUAACUAGCCCGGAUCAUUUCACAUGACGACUGGGUUGUCGAUUGUCUUCGCCGAUGGGCAAACUGCAGUUGUUGUGCAGCUAACAUAUGCAGCUAAUGUGUACGAGGAGCGCUUUUUACAUGCCCAUCCAAAGUUGCCAUUUCUGAUCGGUUGGAAAAUUUGACACAACACCGGGCACAUGAAGAGGGGAAUACGCCGAGUAUAGUGCUCUCCCGGUGGGGGGAUUUGCGACAAGCCGCCGGUCGUCGGCCGAGGGGACAAGGAGCAUGUCAGCCACAAAAUGCAAGCCAACUAGAUAUUAAAAUGAUCCCAGUAUUUGACAUAAUACAGAACACGAUGUUUGCUCACUUCCUCGUAAGUCCCAUGGUCCCACAGUAGUAGGGCUUGUUAUGGCCAAUAUCCACCUGUGAAUCGGAAACUUUUGAAACCCCAAAAAGGUGCACACGCCUCUCCCUUGUACAGCAAGAUUUUUCUGCAGCCGUUUGGCUGGCGUGAUGCAAAAAACCAACAUAUUAAUCCGCAAAAUCAGCUGAAUCCUUAGUCCUUCUCAUACAACAGUAUGGCUGUAUUUUGAAGAGGACUCCUUCCUCCGUACACGUCACAGCGCCCUCUUUCUCAACUCGAGACUGUUGCCGGAAGUCACUCAUUUUCAUGGCGCGGGAUUAAAAAAAACUAAAUAGAUAUAGUGAUCGCUUCCACACACAUCCAGGUGGUCCAUUUCAUUCAGGAGCAUAAAAUACCGCAUGUACUAUGGAAUAAACAUGCUUUUUCUUGUCACAGGCACUUUAACAGUGUACCGGGCCUCCUGCCCAUUGUUCGCUGGGAUAGGCUCCAGCACCCCCAUGACCCUCGAUGACAAUAAGCAGUUCAGAAGAAGACAAACUUGCAAAUAUGAUUCAUAAUUUAUGUAUCAACCUGUUGACUGCUAGAGUUUGAGAAUGCUUUACUACCAAUCUUCAGGUAUGUCUGAAAGGAACCUCGGACUUAAAGACUUGUAGGCUCUAAUAAGCCACAAUUGUUCUCUUUUACUAAAAUAUUUUAUAAGAAACAAAACAUGUUGAUGACCCCAAAAUGCAGUGUCAGCAAUAAAAUUAACUUACAAUAAUAUUUAUAAUAAUAAGUUGACAAUGAGUGUUUUUCUUUCCCAUAACUCUUGAGGGGAAUUCUAAAUCAUUAUUAGGCAAUACUUUUCACCAAGAUCAUCAUCCAUUGCAUUUGAUACGGCCGCCGGUGUCAUGCCAAUGUGGUUACCCCAUCCAAAAAUUGUAUCCCCUAGGCGGAGCCAUAUGGAGGUAGAUUUGUGUCUUUGUUAUUCAAUCAAAAAAAAGUUGCUUGAAUAGAAAAAAAUGUACUUGAAUGCAAAAAUAAACUCAAAUGAUGAAACUCAAAAAACUCAAAAACAAUUCAUGUAAAAGCUAUUUUUCUUUGAAAUUGUCCGUAGGUAUGAGUGUGUGCGUGAAUGGUUGUAUGUCUCCUUGUGCCCUGCAAUUGGCUGGCAACCAGUUCAGGGUGUCCCCUGCCUACUGCCCCGAGUUAGCUAGGAUAGGCUCCGGCACCUCCGCGACCCUCGUGAGGAAAAAGCGGCAUGGAAAAUGAAUGA